GGCAAAACACUUUCAACGCGAUCGUUCAGCAGAAAUUCAGUACCUUAACACAUCUGUUAACCAGGUGACUAAUCUCUUUCUGUGUAAGGAUCCUACUACAUGGCAAGUGAAGACAUGGAAAAGAGUCGAAUUCCUGUGUACAGUUCUGCAGGUUCAGAAACUGUUGGCAAACGCAUCUUAGCAGGAGAACUUUGUUCUGUUAAGGACUUUCAUUUAAUAGGUCUUCAGAAGAAAAGCUGUCCACCAAAACCAGUGAUCCCUGAGUUUAGCAGUAAUGCAAAUUUCAAUUUUGCCUCAAACUGUCCGGAGGCUGGGACUUUCAAAGCUCAGAAAUCUGCAUCUAAUGUGAGAUCAAAGACAACUACUGUUUCCAAGGCUCCAACUGUUGCUACCAGAGGGCCCAUAUCCCGCUACAGAGCAGAGCUUGCCCUUAAAGACAGAAAUCAACUACUUGAAGCGGCCAAUCAGGAGCUGAAUUCAAAAGUAGCUACAUCACAGAAAAAAUUACAUCAACUAACAACUGAAAAAGAGAAGCUGAAUGAUGAUAUCCAAGAACUGAAACAGCAUUUGGAAAGUUUAAUGGUAAUAUUGGAAACCAAGAAUAUUGACCCAGUUACUGGUACCCAGAUCCUCGACACAGUCAAAGAAAAUAACCAGAUAAGGUCCAACGUACAGGAAUUGGCAAUAAGCCUUAUGACUGAACUGAAGAAUUUCAGCAAUAUGGCCACUGAACAUACUAAUAAACUACAGGAAUUUAAAUCCAAAUGUAUAAAAGCCAAAGAAGAGAGAGAACUGUUUUUGCAAGAAAUGAAUGCUUAUCAGCUAGAGCUGGAACAACUUCAGAAAGACCAAGAUGAAGUAGAGAAGCUGUUAGAAAUAUAGCAUAAAAUUGUACAUUGGAAAUUGGCAUCUUUAACUGAAAUGCUGCUUUGCACUUUUUCAUCUUUGUUUUUUUGUGAUUAUCUUUUCAUAAUGAAUACAUUUGCGUUUCUAAAACUGA